CAUUUCGCCACUUCCCCUCCCCGACCCCUCCCCCUCCCGCAUCCCCAUCCAGAACCCUAGCUCCGCUUCCGCCUCCUCCUCCAACCGCCGCCGCCGCGACACCGCCGGCCGGACUCCGAUGGCCCGCAGGAGGGGAGGCCAUGGAGGAGACGAGGGAGACCAGCCGGACCAGGGAGAGCAGGCGGAUCCCCAUGUCUACCAGGAGGAGACCUACGCGGAUCGUGAGGAUUGGAACAGUACUAAUCAUGGCCCUGUCUCUGGUGACAAUGGAAAGACCUCCAAUCCCAUCAAGAGAUUCUCUACUACUUUCUCAAGAGGUAUUACUGAUGAGCGUGUUGGAUAUCCACAUUAUCGCAGGCCUACUGCUGCCAAGGCAAUGACGGGUUUUUUGGCACAUUACGCCAAUAAUCUUUCGCACUUCUCUCAUGAGGCGGAAUUCUUUACAGUAAGUAGUAGUGCUGAAGACGAUGAGUUUUAUAUCUUUGCCCAUGAUGAGUCUAAUAUGGUAAAGACUACAUCUGUGGGUCCUUACUUAUCAGUGUUCAGACGUGUUCUUGCAUCUGGCAAGCCUAUGCAAGACCAAAUGGCUAAGCUCGGCAAGACUUUGGAGUCUCUCAGGCAGUCCUAUGGUGUCUCAUCCCCGGCUGCUAAAAACAUUGAGGACUUUCUCGCCAGGCUGGAGAAAUUAAUGGAGAGAGAGUCGAAGAGAAUUGCUGAGGCUUCUGAGAAAGGUGUUGUUGAGGAAGCUUCUGCUAUCAAGAAAUUGGCUGAGGCUGUCAAGGAGGCCGAAGAGAGUGAGUUGUCUUCUCUUAUCAAGGAGACGGACCAGUUCUUUAAGACCGCGGAGAUUCCGCUAGAGAUGCACGAGAGAUUGAAGAAGGCUGCCGCAGAGUUGAAAGAAUUGAAAACUUUAAUGGGUGGAUUCCUGGUCUCAAUAGGAAUGUUCUUUAGGGGCUAUGGGUUUUCUUCACCUUCGGUCAUUCCUCCAAGUCCCGUGGACUCCCCACCAACUCCAAGUCUGGCGCCUCGUCCCUUUCUUAAACUUGGUGCUGGGCCAACUCCUUUUCACUUCAUCGGGAAAAGGGCAAAAGAGGUCCUCUUUGGUGAUUACGAGGAGACGCCCUUCCAUGGCAUCGGAAAAGCUGGGUUUUUGAUCUGUGACAAACAACUGGGCGUUGGCGUUGAGCUCAAGUCCGACCCCUCGGUUGAGACCACUUUGUGCUAUGGCAAGGAAUAUCUAGACUACAAGAUGGAGGCAAAGGCGAAAGUUGUUCUACCCUUUGGUGACACUUUUAAGGCUGAAAUUGAUGUUAUUCAUCGUCGUGCCUGUCUGAGCGCUUCUGUUGGCCUCAGUGCUAAUCCAGUUUUCAACAUGUCCGGCAUGUUUGGGAUAGCUGAUGGGAUUUGUGGAGGUGCAAGGUUAUCUUUUGAGUCUUGUGGAUUGGUCAGGGAAUUUGAGCUUGGAUUAUCGAUGGACACUACUGAGUUUGGAAGUCUGUCCACCAGACUUAACCGUGAGAAGCUCCAGGUUAUGUUUGACACAGCGGUUGGAAGGGCUACAGGUGCCGCGGAGCUGACUUAUUUCCACGAUCCAGUUGCGGAGAAGAGGUCAGUCUGUCUGACGGGCGGCCUGUCCUACAACUAUGACAAUACCCUGACUCUCAAGGGGCGCUUCAGCUCGGAUCUUCAUGUGGGCGGGAUGAUACAGUUUGAAGAAAGGUUGGCUAGUAUUGUGUUGCGGGCAACAGGUGAUGUUGAUCUUCGUGCCAUGGGUCAGCAGCCCCGGGUCGGGUUCCAGGUGGUGUUUGACCCGACCUGGAAGUAAGUAGCCUUUGCCUUUGCAGUGUUGGUGCUUGUUUUGCUUUUGCUUGGGAGGAACUUUUUUGGUAAAACGGAAGGUCUUGAUUUUGGGUUGUCCAUGAUGAUUGAUGUAUGGACUGAAGCUUUAGACUUGUCAAUUCGACUAUGUUGGUUUUGCGGAAGCUUGAUUGUCCUCUCAUACUACAUUUUGUUGUUGAAUUGAACUGACUUGAAGCACGUUGUAUUUGGUUUGAGCCAGUUUAGAACUGCCAAUCAUCAAACUUUUGGACUCUGUCCAUGAUGUAUUGACUGAAGCUUGAGUUGUCAAUUCAUCUGCCAUUUCAACUAGUGCUGUGUCCUCACAUAGCGAUGAUGUAAUGACUGAAGCUUGAGUUGUCAAUUCAUCUGCCAUUUCAACUCA